GGCAAUUGGCAUUUGAACGUGUUUUGAUGUAAAAUUUUGAUUUUCCUUCCCGCCGGCUCUUGACGGUUGCUUUUGGCACGUGCAAUUUUUCGCAGUAUUGUUAAAAUAAUAUACCGUUUAUUGUUAAAAAGUUUAACUCCGAUGCUGACUAUUGGAAAAUAAUAUUUCGAUUGUUCGCAGCUUUAAACAAUGUCGCCUUCCCCGAUCCGAUGUCGGGGCCCGUGGAAAAUACACAAGCGUUCAUCGGAGCCAGACCGCUGGCUCGAUGAGAUGGGUUUUUUCCGGAAACAUACGGCCCGCGACGCCAGCUGUCUGUUUAGGGCAGUGUCGGAAAAUAUUUACAAUACGCAGCGCUAUUUCCAUAAAGUGCGGUUGGACUGCGUUCAUUUCAUGGCAUCCCAGCGCCACCUUUUCGAGGGGUCAUUAAAUUGUUCGUUCGAAAAUUAUCUUAAAGAGAUAGCCAAUGCUUCAGAAUGGGGCGGGCUCAUUGAAAUAUCUGCUAUGAGCCAUCUUUAUAGGCGUGAUUUUGUAAUUUUUGAAGCUAAUAAAGGACCGCAGACUAAAAUCUGUAAUGGCUAUGGAGAAACCAUUUAUGUUUUCUACUCGCCUGAUACUAAACAUUUUGAUGCUGUAUACACUAAAGAAUUCAUAAAUGCCUCAUCAUUUUGCCAGUCAUUGGUAUACGAAGUACUAUAUGAUGGUGUGUACCAACUAAAGGAUUUACCCUAUGCAGUAGAAAAAAUGCUACAUGAUAAGGUGCCAUCGAACCACAUUGAAUAUUUUAUGUCUGAAAACGUGGAACGCCGUAAGAAACAGAAAGAGAGAGCUAAAAUCUUCAUAGAAGCUUCGAAUGAGGAAGACAAGGAUAGAAACAAUAACACAUUAGCUUUAAAAUGCAAGCACCACACUGAAGAUUUAGAACGUGCCAGCUUAUUAAAGGAAUCCAUGAGUAUCUUUGUCUUUAAUCGAAGCUUGAUACAACUUGAGAAUGUUUGCAUGAACUGUUUAAACGUGAAUAGUGCUAAGGAUCUGCUUGACAAUGGUAUAACUCCGUUUCCAUACAAAGUUGCUAAAGCUUUGGAUCCAGAUAUUUAUCGGAAUAUUGAAUUUGAUGUUUGGAGUGAACUAAGAAGAGAAAUGCGUUUUGGUGCAAGGUACUGUGAUGGAACGACUUUGCAAGUCGGGGUCAAAUGCCUUUGCAAGCUUCAGCCGGAGCAAUCUGUUCCUUACCAGUGCCACAUUCAAGAGAUGAGUCCGGAUGGUGGACCCUGCCUUGUCUUCAUUGAGGAGUUGGGGGAGAAAAGGGUGGUGGAUUUUGAUCAGCUGGAACCAUUGCCUGUAGAGCAGAUCAAGCCAUGGGCGCCCCCCUAUAGAUAUUCGCGUGCCAACUCACAGAUUUUGAAUUUGAGCCAAAUGUUGCAGCAAAUAGGCAACAUAACACGCAAGCAAGGGUUAAAUAAAGCACGUAAAGCUAAAGGAGAGGACAUAAAAACAUCAGAUAAUGCACAGACCAAAUCGCAGAUGAAUACAGAGAUAAACAAUAACUAUCAAGACGUGUCCUGCUAUACCCAAGCGUACACCUACCCGCAUCUGGAUUACAUGAAUUUCCAGCCAAUGCCCGUUGAAAUCCAAGCACUGCCCCUAAUGGUAGACUGUCGACCGGCGGGGGCUCCGCCCCAUGAGAUUGCGCACUCCUCCAACGGAGUCCCGCCCGAAAACCACCAGAAUCAGGCCGCUGGCAGCGGUGACAUGGUGGUGCACGGGGGCGCCGUGCCAGCGUCGGUGCGCGCGUCUACCCCGGCCACCACCAACGCGAUCACCACCUACUCCGCCAACUAUAACGGUGUGAUGAACCCGGCGCCGCCGCCCGGCAUGGGCGUGGGCGGCGUGGGCUACGGCUGCGCGCCGUACGCGUGCGGCGCCGUCAAGGGGCUGGUGUGGUGCGGGCCGCACGCGCCGCCGCCGCCGCCGCCCGGCGUCAACCCGCACGUGUACAAGAGCGUGCAGCCCUCCGGCGCAGACCUGCCCAUGAACGAUAUCGCGACGCUGCGGUUCUAUUUUAACCUGGGCGUGGACUGCAUGUGGGCCGCGUACGGCGCGCCGCAACACGCGCCGUUGCCGCACCCGCCUCCGCCGCACAUGCCGCCGCGCCACUACUCCCCGCGAGACCUCGCGCAGGACAUGCAACAGAUAUCGCUGCACGAGCGAGGCGCGGGCGCGCUGCACGACCCGCACAAGCACAAGCAGGAUAAGCUGCCGCUCGCGCCGCCCAAGGGGCAGGGGCAGCGGCCGUUGCUGGGGCCCAGGUUUAAGCGCGGCAACCAAGAUGGAAAUCAGAACAACAAUCAUAAUCACCAGAACAAGGGGCACAACAACAACACUCCCAAUAAGGGCAUGAACAAUAGGCGCAACUCGCACACGGACAUGCGCACGCCGCACGCGUACGCGCCUGUCGCCGCCAUGGGCGCGGGCGCGGUGCCGGCUGACGAGUGCGCGCUCGAGGCGCCGUUGGUCAGCUACCCCUACAUCCCCUAUCCGCCGCCCAUCUACCCGCUGCCCUACUACCCCAUGGACUCCGACCCAGGUAUGAUGGGCAUGAUGGGCGGCAUGGGCUACGUAAGCUACGAAGAGGGCGUGGAGUACGCGCCAGUGCAGCACUUCUACCCGCCGCCCUACCCGCCCCCGCUCAUGCCGGAGCACAAGUAAAGCUCACCAACUAUCAACGGCACGGCUGCGUUUAGGUGACGCGAAAACGCUAAUUGCGUGAAUUCUAUUAUUAACGCAACAAAAUUUAAAUUCCUCUGAAAGACUUAUUUGUCGUCGUCGUAUGGUCAGAAGUUAUGAGGAGUUUUACGUUGCUGCGUCGAUAAUAGAAUUCACAAUAAUUGUCAUAAGUGUACGCAUGAACGCAGCGGUCAAGCUGCGGACGCACGUAAAGGUCCACGUUACGGCUGCGUUUAGGUUACGCUAAAACAUCUAUUAACAACGCAAACAAAAUUUAAAUUACUCGGAAUGACCUAAUCGGUCGUCGUCGCGAGGUUAGAAGUUACGAGGAGUUAUACGUUGCUGCGUCGAUAAUAUAAUUCAAAAUACGCGUGCUCGCCGCGGACGCAUUGAAAGGUCCACGGUACGGCUGCGUGAAUUCUAUUAUCAAAAAAACAACAUUUUAACUGCUCUGCGUGGCUAGAAUGGGCAAGCGACAUUUUUCUCUCCGGGGAAAGGACAAAAUGUUAUCACCAUUCUGACCAUGGGCGAACGGGUGGAAAUAACAUCCAAAUAAUAUACGUGUAAUAUAAAACUUCUCCUUUUCCAUGUUGCCAUAUUAUGGGAGAUGGACAGAUACAUUUUUACUUUUUCAGGGGAUAUAAUCGGGGGAUAUAAUUGUUGUCUCCUGCCCAUGCCAGCCGUGCUGUAUCAUCCAUUUUGUCGUCGCCGAGUGGUUAGAAUUUCAGGGGUGUUUAAAUGUUGUGUUGCGUAGAGUAUAAUUCACAUUUGUCAUACACGUAUGCGUUCACGCGAUUGCCGUAUUAAAAUUUUUGUGUCGUCUAACCGUAGCCAAAAGCUCGUCGUUACUGAUCUGCCCCCUUGCCAUGUUGAUUAUUUAUAACCGUAAUUAUUGUUAAGGAAAUUAAUGAUACUAAGUUUUUGGAUAAAUAUAUCUACUGCAUUGUAGGGUUUAAUUAAGUAUAUAUCUUUGAUAUCGAAAUAACUGUUUCAUGUUAUAAUUCAUCAUCAUCAUCAUCAUAUCAACCGGUCCAUUAAUAACCGGGCCAAGAACGAGUUAACGCCGUAGUCCACCACGCUGGCCCAGUGCGGAUAGGUGGACGUAUAAUAUAAUUUGAAAAAAAAAAAAAAUAUUAAUGUGAAAUUUCAUUUACCAUUUUCACUCUUACGAGAUUUUUAUAUUUACAAACUUAUAGACAUAGUUUGGUCUUACCAAUUAGUAUCAGAUUUCUUUACAGAAAAUCCAACACAACAUUUUUUGGCCUUGGACCUCAUCCUUGACCAACAAGGUAGUUGUUAUCAUUAAUUUCCUGAAAUAUUAACGAUUAUAGAAACAUGGCUAGGGACGUUUUCGUUAACUUUGUAUUAUUAUGAUCUUUGAGUCCAACCACACGUAAUUUGGUUUACAAUGUUUAGAACAGAACAACAAAAAGUAUUGAAAACAUAACUAAUAAAAUAACAUAAACAGCAUAAUCGCAAAACUUAUAAUCUCUGUAAAUCUUUUAAAAGAACACAAUCUUUUGUGAGCUAAUUUUAAAAGCCUUGUAAAAUAAGAAUGUGUAUCUCAUUUACCACAGUUUAGCAAUGCGACAGUUCUGUAGAGUGUAAUACAGUAAUAUUGCCUUACACUCGAGAUCCAAUAAUAAACGCCUUGAUUCGUAAAUAUAUGAUUACUAUCUUUCUCAAACAAAAAUAAAAUAAAUAACUAAAUAUUUACUAUCACAAAUUUUAA